GGGUCCAUGUGGAGGCUGCGGGCCGGGAGCAGCGCGCUGCGCGGCGGGGCCUGGGCGCGGAUCUCGCAGCGGGCCGGGGCUGAGGCCGUGGCCGCCGCCGGCAUGGAGCGCGCCGUGGUGCGCUGCGUGCCCUCGGAGCCCAAGCUGAGCCUGUCGUUCGCGCUGGCAGACGGCAGCCACAAGCACAUGCAGCGCGACCAGAGCGAGCCGCUGGGCCGGGCGCUCAGCCGCAUCGCCACCAACGCGCUCAAGGGCCACGCCAAGGCGGCGGCGCGCAAGGGCCGCCGGGCCGCCGAGCCCGGGGCCGGAGCCGCAGCCGCGGCCGGCGCCGCGGGCCCGGCCGAGCCGCUGGUCAAGCUCUACUACCGCGAGGAGGCCGUGGGCGACGACGUGCUCAACGUGGACGCGUGGCAGGACGGCGCCGUGCUGCAGAUCGGCGACGUUAAGUACAAGGUGGAGCGCAACCCGCCCGCCGUCACCGAGCUGCAGCUGCCGCGCUACAUCAUGGCCGGCUUCCCCGUGUGCCCCAAGCUCGGCCUCGAGUUCGGCGAGCCCGAGCGCUCGCUCUUCCGCUGGUUCCGCGAGGCGAGGCCCGGAGCCGCGGCCGGGGCCCCCGGCGCGCCUGCGUGCGCGGCCCCGUCCGCCGCGCCUCCGCCAGCCGACGGGGACGCGCCGGCGGCGGAGGCGAGCGCGGGGCCCGCGUGGGUGGAGGUGGGCGGCGCGCACGAGCGCGUCUUCACGCCCUCUAACGCCGACAUCGGGCUGCGGCUGAAGCUGCGCUGCACGCCGGGCAACGGGCAGCGGCUGGGCCCGAGCCGCGAGCUGGAGAGCGCGGGGCCCGUGGAGGCCGGGCCCGGCGCGUGCACGUUCGACCAGCGCCACCUGUACACGAAGCGCGUGAGCGGCGACGGGCUCGUGCGCGCCGUGACGUAUAACGUGCUGGCCGACGUGUACGCGCACACGGAGCACUCGCGCGCCGUGCUCUACCCGUACUGCGCGCCCUACGCGCUGGGCCUCGACUACCGCCUCAACCUGCUGCAGAAGGAGCUGAGCGGCUACAGCGCCGACGUGCUGUGCCUGCAGGAGGUGGACCGCGCCGUGUUCCACGACAGCCUGGCGCCCGCGCUCGACGCCUUCGGCCUGCACGGCCUCUUCCGCCUCAAGCAGCACCAGCACGAGGGCCUGGCCACCUUCUUCCGCAGGGACAAGUUCCGCCUGCUGGCCCAGCACGACAUCGCCUACCAGCAGGCGCUGGCCGGGGACCCGCUGCACGGCGCGCUGCUGGAGCAGCUGGGGCGCUACCCGCAGGCGCGGGACCGCGUGCUGCAGAGGUCCUCGGCGCUGCAGGUUUCAGUUCUUCAGUCUACAAAGGACUCUUCUAAAAAGAUUUGUGUUGCAAACACUCAUCUCUACUGGCACCCAAGAGGUGGGCACAUUCGUCUCAUUCAGAUGGCGGUCGCGUUGACUCACCUGAAACAUGUGACACAUGAUCUAUACCCUGGCAUCCCCGUCUUGUUUUGUGGGGAUUUCAAUAGUACCCCCUCCACAGGCAUGUACAGUUUUGUCAGCACAGGCAGCAUCUCUGAGGACCAUGAAGACUGGACCUCCAACGGCGAAGAGGAAAGCUGCAACAUGUCUCUCACCCAUCCCUUCAGACUGAAAAGUGCAUGUGGGGAACCUGCCUACACUAAUUACGUGGGAGGCUUCCACGGAUGUCUAGAUUAUAUUUUCAUUGACUUCACUGCCUUAGAGGUUGAACAGGUGAUACCGAUGCCAAGUCACGAAGAAGUUACCACCCAUCAGGCCUUACCCAGUGUCUCACACCCCUCUGAUCAUAUAGCCCUUAUUUGUGAUUUAAAGUGGAAAUAGACUGGACCUCAGCAUGGCAGACAGUUGUUGAGUGAAAAAAGGAGUUCAGUUACUUAGGAUCUAACUUGAAUCAAGGCCUACGUUGUAAUCUUGACGAGAGGGGAACAGACUUAUUGUGGGAAAAUGUUCACACUCUUUUACCGCUGGCUCUGUCCUCGUUCUUCAUUGUAUGUGACAUCUGCAUGAUUCCUCUUCCUCUCUUUUCUCAACAGAGGGGAAAGAAUGCAAAUAUAUUUAAAACUGGCACAAAAGUUGGAUGAUCAUAUACCUUUUUAAUAAGUGAUUUUUAAACAGUGAUAAGAGGUUAUUUUGUCUUUUUAAGAAACCUGAGUGAUUCUAACAGGUUUUGUAGAAUAGUGUACCUUUUGAACAUGAACCAUGUUUUUAUAAUUAAGGGAAAUAAAUUGUAAUCAGGUGCAAAGUGAGAGUGGCCCAAGGAGGAAAGGAAGGAAUACUAUCAGGUCUCACCCUAUCUCCCUCUGGAUAACCCUCUUUAGAAAAGAAGAGCUUUGAGGACGCUAAGUGUAUUGUGACCUCCAGCCGGGCUUCUUUCCAUCUCGCCUGUCCAAUUCUGAAGCCAAAACACAGGGUCUAGUAGGGCUUUGGUUUUUGAUAACUAGCUGCUACAGGGACUAUACUGUAGUUUGGUCACUUAGUGUGACCAAACAAAUUAGCACCAGUAAAAAGACAUUCCUUAUUAAACGUGUAAGUUAGUAGACUUGAUUCCAUAGUCAUUGGCAUGCAAUAGCUUCACUCUCUCAACCAUAAAUUCUGUGUGAAGUUUAAUUUUAUUUGGAGUUUGGCUCUGCAGGCCGGUGUUAAGGUAGAUUGGAUACAAGUCAGAAAUUUCAAUACCCCGCUAAGGUGGUCUAAAGUUUGUAGAUAAUUUAUUUAAGUUUGAUGUUAGAGGUGUAGCGGGUGGGUUUUUCUUAAUAAUAUCUACAAAUCAGAAUAACACUACUAAGAAUGUUUGGGACUAGUUAACUAAACAAGCCUGUGGAUUAUAGGAACAUCCCAGAUAGAGAAGUCACCUCUUGCAAAAAAAAACAGCCAUGAAGCCAAAUGCUCUGCUUUUUCAUUUGGGACAGAUUUAUUUAAGUUUGAGGUUGGCCGGCUCGUGUUUGCUGUUGGUUGUGUUUAUAAUGAGGCCCUGGCCAGUGCUUUCCCUAACCAGAUGUCUGUGCGUACAGGGUCGCUCUUGCCUGGUGGAGGCAGUCUGCACAGCUCACUGAGGCUUUGUGGUAGCAGCUUCCUGCUUGGGUUUCAUUUUAGCUGUUGUCAAAGGUGCUGAUUCCCCAAAGCUAGAGGAUUUCCGAUGUUUUCUCUCUGGGGGGGAGGGGGAAGUAAUAGGUUGAACUAUUGGUUCUGAUUUUGCCAUUGAGCCUGGAACCUUAAUGAGGACUUAACUCUUUUAUUGGUGUUUUGUUCCUUCAUCUUCUGCCUGCUGAAAGUGCUCAUGAUUUGGGGUCAUAAGCUCCCAGGAGAUCAUUGGAGGUAGGUCCCUACCUCCAAACUCCUCCUUUCCUAUGGACUUCUUAGAGGCCCAUCAAAAUCACCAUAAUCAAGCCAAGAGCCAGUGUGGCAAUGUGGCAUGUUAGAAGGCUGAAUCUGGAGCCAAAGGACCUGAGUUCAAAUCCCACCAGGAUUUCCUCAGGCAAAUCAGGUAGCAUUUUAGUUUCAUUUCCCUCAUCUAUAAAAUGAGGGUGUUGGACUAGAUCCUAACUAUUGUGGGUGGAAGGAGAGAUUUAGGUUUCUGUAUUUUUGUCUCCUAAAUAAAAAGGAAUGCAGGAAGAGGCUUAAGAUGGCAUUUUCCUGUAGUUCUAGCCUACACCACUGUAAAUGUAAAUUCAGUGUCUCUGAGCUGUUCACUUCUGGAACCAUGGAGAAGUGAAACAGCCUGGUGAGAGGUGACCUGAAAUCUCUCAGACAUUUUUCACAUUCAAAAGUGUACGUGGGUUAUUUAGGCAGAUGGGAUUCUCUUCCUAAACAGCCUGGUAAACCUCCCGGCGGGUCCAACAACUCUAGCCGAGGCAGAUCUGAUGGCAGCUUGGCCGACUGAGGCUUUCCAGGUAAAACUCUCCAAGUUUGUGCUCUUCUGGUCCAAACGUGCAUUCUGUUUUCCUGGUGGUUUUAUCUCAUUUUCUCUAGAAUCUUCCUAUGAGAAAAUCCAUUAAUACAUUAUGCUGCAGGCAGGAGACACAGGAGGAUAAUACAAGAUACCUUAACUGACACCCAGUUUUGUAGCUAUGAAAAGCUAAGUCAGCUACCAUUCAGCUUGGUAUGUGCAGGAGUUUGCAUAUGGAGAUAAUGAAAGCUCUGUAGUGACCAGGAAGACUGUCUGUCACUGGCAUUUCUAGGUGUGCUGAAAUUCUGUCUUGCCAUUAAUGAGUCAUAAUACCUUAUUAUUUAAAAGGGUUCAUUAACAAUUUAUGUUAAAUGUGUUUUAUGCCUCAUUCUCACUAAAUUUGAUUUUAUAGUAUGUUUUAAAUUUGAGUAGAGGAAAGCCAAGCAAUUUGUUCCAGGAUAUACUGGGUUUUAUAAUAUCAGAAAUUAUUGCCAAAUAGAUUAACCAACUAAAUUUAAAAAAAAAACUGUGGGUUAAAUUCAAGUGGUUGAAAUGGCACAAGAUUGGAUUCCACCUUGAGCUUGGUGACUUUGAGGGAAUUUUGUUGAAUUUAUAAUUUAGUAGAAAGCAUAGGAACCCUUGGUGAGACUUUUAAAAUGUCAGAAUUCCUUUCUGGUGAUCUUCUGAUUUAUGAAUGGGCUGUCAGAAAACAAAACUAAAAUCAGGUCUCUAGGCCAUCAAAUUGACCAGUUCUAGACAUUCUGAUUUACCAACAAGAUGUUACCUAUGUUUUGUCAUCCAUAAAGCAUGCUUGGACUAGGUAUUCAUAUCUGUUGUUUUCUGAUUUUAACUUUUUCCAUUGGUUGUAAAGAAUAAAUAGUGAGGGAUCAUUUCCUACUCUGCUCUCUCACUAGAAAGUAGGUGUGGCCCUGCUCAGAUUAACUCUUUAUAAACUUUAUAUCCAUCAAGAUCUUUUUGCUUAUUUUUGUAUCCCAGCAUGUAGCAUAGUGCCUGGCACAUAGUAGGCGCUUAGCAAAUGUUUAUUGACUUCAUGCCAUAUUCAUUGAGAACAGACUUGAUCUGGAGGUACUGCAGGGCUCCCCUCCUGAGGGAGAAGGCUAGGCAUGUACUUCAACCAUUCCAAUUGGCAUAAGAUUCCAAGCAGUGGAGAGGAUGGGGCUCUCCUUACUGUGAAAACUAGCCUAGCCUGCCCGGCACAAUGUUGGGAUAAACCAGAGAUGCCUGUGGGCCAAGGGGUAAGAAAGGAUGCAGCCGCAAGAUACAUUCAAAUGGCUAUGCAGAAGAGAAAGUAACCAAAACACUUUACCAAACAGUCUCAUUUUUUGUCUUUAUCUUUCCCCCGUUGCAACGUUUUUGUAGAGCACGAUAGAUUGUAAUCUGUCAGCAAGUUUUAGUUUCUUGUGGAGGUCAGGGUCCAUAAGGAUUAUUAACAUCAAUACAGUAGCGUGGGCAGGGUAGCCUUGGAGUCAAGAUCAGACCUUGCCUGACACUUUUCUACCAUCUUGACCAAGUCAUUCCCUCUUAACCUUAAUUGGUCAUCUGUCAAACAAAAGCGACAGUGGCUAUAGACCCUCUCAAUAGGGUCGUUGGGCCAAAAUGAGAAAAUACAAAGCACUUUGCACAUUUUAGUUAUACAAAUGUCAGCUGUUAUUCACGAGAUUGAAUUUUAAACAUAGCUGAUGUUUAAGGAAAAUAAAACUGGGAGCUUUAUCCUAAAACUGGCCCUUAUCAAGUACAAGACAACCCCUUUGGGUCCUCAUCUCUUUAGGUUUUGUAGCAAACGAGUAUGUUCUGGGUAACCAGAGUGUGUCCUGAGAAAUACAGGACACUAAGAAUGAAUACAAAAAAUCUGAAGAGCUGUAGUUUUUUGGCAGUUAAUAUUCAGGGCUAUAUCAGCCAACUCGGUGCUUUCCUCCCAACGGGCCUUGUUUUCCACUUCAGUUCAUAAUGAUAUAGCUUAUGACAGGUUGAGAAAGGAUAAUUUAGCUUUCCUUGAUCAACUAAGUCAGGGUGGUGACAGGCAGGGGGAGCACAGAUUGAAAUGAGUUAUACAUUUUUGCAUUUUGUAGUGUUUGAAAGUUGUCUUUUAAGAUGUUAGCAAUCCCCACCCGUCUCAAACAGCAGAGUAGGAAAUGCAUCCACCUUAAUUUAAUCAACCCUUCUCCAUGUAUGCUGGGUGAGAUGACCUUGUAGCAACAUGUUCAAAGAAGUUAGUAUUGUUAAGAGAUUUGAAAAUAGGAAUGUAGUUGUGACCAAAACCCUAAGGCCUGGAACACAUGUGGACAUGAAAUUAGUUCCUGGAAAAAGAAACAAGACUAUCGAGGCAAAACAAGAAAUACAUUCAUCUUUUGCAUUGCACUCAUCUCCACUGAGAUUAUGCUAGAACACACGAAGCAUAAACUCAUUGGUUUAUGUGGGGAACUCCCAGCAUGGUCAGGCCUUGUGGUGAGAGCUGAGACCUGUCUGAACUAUGUUACUAACAUUAGCAAGCCACUCGACUUGCUUAGGUCUUAUUUUUCUCCUCUGAAAUAUCAGCCUAGAUGCCCUCUUGGACGUCUUCCAACGCUAGGCCUACAACCCUAUGAAAUGGCCUGCCCAAGAUCACAGAGGAAAAGGCAGAAUUUGACCUUCUGCAUCAAGGUCCAGCAUUCUAGUUAUUGGUGGGGAGAGGGAGCUUCAUCUAGUCUCUGGUGUGUCUACGUAAGGUUGGCUUGGUCAGUAAUUUUGUUACGACACAAGUUCCUAAAGACUCCUUUAGGAAAAUGGAAUCAUGUGAUCCAAGUGUAAGCUCAUGCCAUCCGAUCUGGACACACGGAGGUGAUCUAGGACCUUGCUCUGUGUAAUUGAACUGUCUAAAAGCCCCUUGGCUUUUUUUUUUUUUUUUUUUACUCCCUUGGGUAAGAUAACACACUGGAAGGCAUAGGAGUGAAUUUUCCAGGCCCUGAGUUUUUUCAUAGUCUUGGGUUGUGUCAUAAUAUGACAAAUUUUUAAUUUUCAUUUAUUUGUUCCCUUUCACAAUAUUGAUAUUCGUGUCUCUGUAGCUUUGCAAAAGCACUUAAACAUCUUAUAUGUGUUCUCAUCUCAUUUUAACUAAAGUAUACUGAUUAAACAAGAAUUAGCAGGUAUAGACAGAGCUGCUUCAGCUUUUACUUUUAGCUCUUUAUACUCACUUGAGAAUGCUUUCUAGAGAACGUGGUCUUCCUUCUCCACAACCAACUCUUGCUGAGCUUUCUAUUAGCCUUGGUGAUGGAGACAAAGAUAUAAUUUAAAAAGUUGACAAGGGAGCAUGCUACAUUGGGGCUAUUACAUUACAGAACAGUCUGAUCCAAAUUCUUGGGCUUCCAUUGCCCAUCCUUAGGUAGAGGUGCAAAGUGAGUGAUCCUAAAUUAUCGAGUAGAGAGCCCCCCAGUUCUAAAAAAUUAAGAGGAAGCAGCAUUGUACUGGGGUUUCAGCCUCCCUCGUCCCCUUCAUUAAAUAGGCCCGUCUCUAGAGAUGGUAGGACCAUAGGAAACACUUCAGAGACCACUUAGUCUCCUUUUACAGAAGAAAAAACAUGUCAGUGUCACAAAGAAUUGGUAAUAAAACAAGUCCAAGUUUAAAAGGAAA